GCAGGCCUGGAUCCUAGGGGUGUGCUCUUGUACGCUUCAGCUCCCGCCCUGAGCUGAGCCUGGUCUUGCUGGCAAUAGUCCACUCGCCUCACAUUCCUUUGGCCGGUUUCCAACCCACGUUUCUGCCGCUACCCUGGUCUUGGUACCUCGAUAUUACUUCUCUAGACACCACACAAUCCAAAGACAGGGUCUGUAAUACCUAAUGGCUCCCUCGAACCGCCCGGAGCAUCACAUCAACCUCAACUACAUCCCCCAGCUCACCUCGCAGGCCCCGCUGUCGGCCUCGUCCACCACCUCGGCCUCGCCUACCGAGCCUCCUUCCUCGGGCGGCUCCAUCCGCUUUCCAAUGCCCUCCCAGAACACGUCAAACCCCCUCGCGGGCGCCGCUGCCGGCGCGAGGCUUGGAGCCGGGUCUCCAUCGCAUGAAUAUGGUGGCAGGUUAUACUCGAAGCGGGCCCGCGAGAUUCAAGCUCAGGAAGGCCUCACUCCCCAAAUGUGGGGUCCACCUACCAGCGGAAAUUCGACGCCUCUUCGCGAGACCAUUCCGGAGUCGCCCAGCGGUGACAGCUUCCCCGACUUCAACGGAGCGAUGCCAGACUCCGCCGCCCCCCAGACAUCUGGCCGCCGUGCCCGUGCUGGCACGCUUCCCUCGCGAUUCUCUCCCUCGGCCCCCCCGCCAGGCUUGCUGUCUGCUUCAUCGCUUCUUCCCAAGACGUCCCGCCCGACGCCGUCGACGAGCCCCUUCAAGCCCGGUUCCGGCACACCUACCGAGAACUCGGGCUUUGCUGCUCUCGGUUCGACCAAUGCUGCCGCCAAAUCAGCAUUGCUCUCCCGCCUCCGAGCUGGCUCGAUGCCGCAGCGACCAGGCUUUUUGCCGCCUGCCGUGUCGCCGUUUGGGAACCCCAUCUUUUCAACAGGAUGGACGAGCAGCCGUGACCGUAGCAGCACGCUCCAGAGCAUUGCAUCCCAGCCCUCAAAUGGUCCCACGUCGCCCCAGUCGUCGUUCUCCAGGGAUUCGCUCGCCGAUACCGAUGUGAAGACACUGGAUUACCUCGGCCUCGUGGACACGCCCCAGCCUGCCCGCGCCACGCUUGCCCCGUCCGACAUCGAACUCCUCCUCGAGGGCCAACGGAAUGCACUCAAUCAGAACGCAACUGCUGCCGCCAACCGCUUCCGCUCCUACUCUGUCAAUGCCAAAGAAAAGUACGCCGAUGAUGAGGAUGACCUCGACCAGGCUGCAUACGGUGGCUACAGUGGAACCAUGACCCCUGCAGAAGCAAGUGCUCUCGCCAUUCACGAAGCUGUGCGACAACACAACUUGGAGGUGCAAGCUUUUGCCAACUUUGCGAGUGCCACCCGCCCACGUGCUCGCACUGCGGGUGUUCUCGACUCGCCUUCGCAGCGGCUGAUGCGAAACUACCUUCCCUCCUCGUCCCGCCUCGACAACAGCCUCACAGCGGCUGACUUGACCGAAGACGCUGAGUACAGCCUAGCCGAAGCUGUGAAGAGCCUCCAGCUGGGCGGCAAACCCAGCUCGAACCUUGGUGAUGACACGCUGGAAGGGCCUACCCGGGCGCUUUGGCUUGGUAACAUCCCCUCGUCGACCACCGUUUCAUCCCUGGAUGUCAUCUUCAAGGCUUUCGGUCCCAUCGAGUCCACCCGUGUUCUGACCCAUAAGAAUUGCGGAUUUGUCAACUAUGAGACAAUCGACAGCGCAAUUCAGGCGAAGCUACAGCUCAAUGGCAAGGAGAUCUUCCCUGGUGCUGGUCCAGUGCGUAUUGGUUACGCCAAGGUUCCCAGCGCGGCAGCUACGCCUGGCCACAAUGGACUUUUCCCGUCGCCGAGCCCUGAUCCACAUGCCAAAUCUCAAGCAGAGGGCUCGAACUUGUCAAGCAAUGCUGCUAAAGCGAACGGCGGGCGUGCCGAGAGUGCUAAUGUGCCCCUGACCACUCCCGAGCUGACAGAUAUUCGUGGCGAUAUCGUCAACAUCGUGAAAGAGUUGGGCGCCACGGAUGAGGAGCAGUUACGGAUCUCGGCCCACGUUGAGCAAGCUGUUCAGCAUGACAACUAUUUCAUGGAGAUACCGCCUGUCGAGGAACCCAGCCACACCCGCAUCCACGAUGCGCCGCGUCUGCGAGAGAUUCGCAAGCGCAUCGACAACAACUCGUGCUCGCAGCCUGAGAUUGAGGAGAUUGCCAUGAACAUGCUGCCUGAGAUCGCUGAGCUUUCGUCUGAUUACCUGGGUAACACGGUUGUACAGAAGUUGUUCGAAUACUGCUCCGAACCCACCAAGGAGGCCAUGCUGCGAGAAAUCGCUCCCCACCUGGCCAAGAUUGGCGUUCACAAGAACGGGACCUGGGCCGCGCAGAAGAUUAUCGAUGUUGCCCGGACUCCCACUUUGCAGAAGAUGAUUGUCGAUGCCCUACGGCCAUAUGCCGUGACCCUUUUCUUGGAUCAGUUUGGCAACUACGUUAUGCAAGGAUGCCUCCGUUACUCGGCGCCGCUCAACAAUUUCAUUUUCGAAGCCAUGCUCAGCCGCCUGUGGGAUCUCGCCCAGGGUCGGUUCGGUGCACGAGCAAUGCGUGCUUGCUUGGAGAGCCACUACGCAACCAAGGACCAGCAGCGCAUGGUGGCUGCUACCAUCGCCCUCCACAGCGUGCAGCUUGCCACAAACGCCAACGGCGCCUUGCUGCUUACGUGGUUCCUUGACACCUGCAACUUCCCUCGGCGUCGCACAGUCCUAGCUCCUCGCCUGGUCCCCCACAUUGUGCAUCUGUGCACGCACAAGGUUGCUUAUUUGACGGUUUUGAAGAUUAUCAACCAGCGGAACGAACCAGAUGCUCGUGACACUAUCCUGCAAGCCUUGUUCUUCUCUCCAAAUGACCAGGUUCUAGAGGAUAUUCUCAUUGACCAGAACUGUGGCGCGACUUUGAUCUUCAAGGUGCUGACAACUCCUUUCUUCGAUGAGAAGAUCCGUCCGGACGUUGUCCAGAACGUCCGCAACGUCUUGACCCGCAUCAAGGCACAGCCCGGACAAGGCUAUAAGCGACUGAUGGACGAAGUCAACCUAUCUACGCGUGGUGGCCCUGGCCACCGAGAGCACUCUCAGACCCGCCCCGCUUCGUCUCGGGACAGCCCUGCAGGCUCCCAUGCUGAGCCUCGCCAGUUCUACCCUGGCGUCGCACCCGGAAUGGAUCCCAUUGCCCUGCAACGAACUGCAAGCAUGGACUCCAAUGGCUUCGACCAGUAUGGCAUGGGCAUGCAGAGCGGUCCCAUGUUCAUGCCUGGCAUGCCGGCCAUGACCGGCUCCCAGCAACUGCAGUACCAACAGCUCCUUGCACAGCAGGGACGAGGCCAGCCAUUCUACCCUCAGAUGAACGGCUACCAGCCUCCUGUAUCUGGCAUGGACUACCGGAACGCGAGCCCAGUUGCGGCUCCUGGCUUCACUGGUUCGCCCAUGCUUCAGCCUGCCACUCUCGGACAGGGCAUCAACCCGGCCAUGGCUGGGCAGAUGUAUCCUUACGGCAUGUAUAUGCCUCAGCAACAGCAAGCCGCUGGAGGGGGUCAACGACGCGGCAGGCGGUAAAUGUAUUCUUCGGGAGACCUUGGCGGAUUCAUCUUGACUUUGAGUCCUCACAUCAUACGGGUUUUCUAUUGUUGUAAAGGGGCAAUUACCAAUACCUUCUGUAUAUGAUUGUCCAGGCACCUUCGACCUGGCUUUCGAUAUCAGCCAUCAGUCCGAGGACACGGCGGGUCCCACAGCGAGCAGGACACCU